AUGUGUGAAUAUUUGGUCAAUCAUUAUCCCGAUUUAUUGGAGAUAAGGGACAAUAACGGAUGGACAGCGUUACAUUCUGCUUGUAAGGAAGGAAGUGUAGAAACUGUAUCCUUUCUUAUAGAAAAAGGAAUGGACAUUAAUACCUUGUCAAAUGAUGGUAAAAGUAUUCUGCAUAGAGCUUGUGUCAAUGGAAAAUUUGAAGUUUGUGAUUACUUAGUUGAGAAUUAUCCCCAUCUAUUACAAGUCAGGGACAAAUCUAGUGUAACAGUGUUGCAUGAUGCAGCUUGGGGAGGCAAUGUUCAAGUAGUCCAACUGUUGAUUGAUAAAAAGAUGGACGUCAAUUCCCGACUACAAAGUGGUGCAACAAUUUUACAUCAGUGCUGUCGCUCUGGUAAAAUGGAGAUGUGUGAGUUUUUGGUCAAUCAUUUUCCAGAUUUACUGAAGAUAAGGGACAAUAGAGGAUGGACAGUGUUACAUUCAGCUUGUUAUGGAGGGAGUGUAGAAUUUAUUUCCUUUCUUAUAGAAAAUGGAUUGGACUUAAAUGCCGUGUCAAAUGAAGGUAAAAGUAUUCUGCAUAGAGCUUGUGUCAAUGGAAAAUUUGAAGUUUGUAAAUACUUAGUUGAGAAUAAUCCCCAUCUAUUACAAGUCAGGGACAAAUCUAGUGAGACAGUGUUGCAUGAUGCAGCCUGGGGAGGCAAUGUUCAAAUAGUAGAAUUAUUAAUUGAGAAAAAGAUGGACGUCAAUUCCCGACAAGAAAGUGGUGAAACAAUUUUACAUCAGUGCUGUCGUUCUGGUAAAAUGGAGAUGUGUGAGUAUUUGGUCAAUCAUUUUCCAGAUUUAUUGGAAAUAAGAGACAAUAGAGGAAAAACAGUGUUACAUUCAGCUUGCUGGGGAGGAAGUGUUGAAAUUGUUUCCUUUCUUCUAGAAAAAGGAAUGAGCAAUAAUACCUUGUCAGAUGAUGGUAAAAGUAUUCUGCAUAGCGCUUGUGUCAAUGGAAAAUUUGAAGUUUGUGAUUACUUAAUUAAGAAUUAUCCCCAUCUAUUACAAGUAAGGGACAAAUCUAGUGUAACAGUGUUGCAUGAUGCAGCUUGGGGAGGCAAUGUUCAAGUAGUCCAACUGUUGAUUGAUAAAAAGAUGGACGUCAAUUCCCGACAAGAAAGUGGUGAAACAAUUUUACAUCAGUGCUGUCGCUCUGGUGAAAUGGAGAUAUGUGAGUAUUUGGUCAAUCAUUUUCCAGAUUUACUGAAGAUAAGGGACAAUAGAGGAAAAACAGUGUUACAUUCAGCUUGCUGGGGAGGAAGUGUUGAAAUUAGGUUUUUUCUUCUAGAAAAUGGAAUGUAG